AUGGCGACCUCAGUGGGAAACGUGGCUGACAGCACAGAACCGACAAAACGUAUGCUUUCCUUCCAAGGGUUGGCCGAGCUGGCGCACCGGGAGUAUCAGUCAGGGGACUUUGAAGCAGCUGAGCGCCACUGCAUGCAGCUAUGGAGACAGGAGCCUGAUAACACAGGCGUGCUGCUGCUCCUGUCCUCCAUCCACUUCCAAUGCCGAAGACUCGACAGGUCUGCUCAUUUCAGCACCUUGGCCAUCAAACAGAACCCGCUGUUGGCCGAGGCCUACUCUAACCUGGGAAACGUGUACAAGGAGCGUGGGCAACUGCAGGAGGCCAUAGAGCAUUAUCGCCAUGCCCUGAGACUGAAGCCAGAUUUUAUUGACGGAUACAUCAACCUGGCAGCAGCUCUGGUGGCUGCGGGGGACAUGGAGGGAGCAGUGCAGGCUUAUGUGUCUGCAUUACAGUACAACCCUGAUCUGUAUUGUGUGCGCAGUGACUUGGGCAACUUGCUUAAAGCCCUUGGACGUUUGGAGGAGGCCAAGGCUUGUUACCUGAAAGCCAUUGAGACUCAGCCCAACUUUGCAGUGGCUUGGAGCAACCUGGGCUGUGUGUUUAAUGCCCAAGGAGAGAUAUGGUUGGCCAUACACCAUUUUGAAAAGGCUGUGACUCUGGACCCAAAUUUCCUUGAUGCAUACAUCAAUUUAGGAAAUGUUCUGAAGGAAGCCCGCAUCUUUGACAGAGCGGUGGCUGGAUACCUGAGAGCCCUGAGUCUCAGCCCCAACCAUGCAGUUGUCCAUGGAAACCUGGCCUGUGUCUACUAUGAGCAAGGCCUCAUUGACCUGGCUAUUGACACCUACCGUCGGGCUAUUGAACUGCAGCCCCACUUCCCUGAUGCCUACUGUAAUCUGGCAAAUGCCCUGAAGGAGAAAGGCAAUGUGUCUGAAGCAGAGGAGUGCUACAACACAGCCUUGCGUUUGUGUCCAACCCAUGCAGACUCUCUCAACAACUUGGCCAAUAUCAAGCGUGAGCAGGGCAACAUUGAGGAGGCAGUUCAGCUCUACAGAAAAGCACUAGAGGUGUUCCCAGAGUUUGCAGCAGCUCAUUCUAACCUUGCCAGUGUCCUGCAGCAGCAGGGCAAACUCCAGGAGGCCCUCAUGCACUACAAAGAGGCCAUCAGAAUCAGCCCCACAUUUGCUGAUGCCUACUCCAACAUGGGCAAUACACUGAAGGAAAUGCAGGAUGUACAGGGAGCGCUGCAAUGCUACACCCGUGCCAUCCAGAUCAACCCUGCCUUUGCUGACGCUCACAGCAAUUUGGCCUCCAUCCACAAGGAUUCUGGAAACAUCCCAGAGGCCAUUGCAUCUUACCGCACAGCCUUGAAACUCAAGCCAGACUUCCCUGAUGCGUACUGCAACCUGGCACAUUGCCUGCAGAUUGUGUGUGACUGGACAGAUUAUGAUGAGCGGAUGAAGAAGCUUGUGAGCAUCGUGGCUGACCAGCUGGACAAGAACCGCUUGCCCUCAGUGCACCCACACCACAGCAUGCUGUAUCCUCUCUCUCACGGCUUCCGCAAGGCCAUUGCCGAGCGCCACGGAAACCUUUGCCUGGACAAGGUACACGCACUGAUCAAAAUUAACGCACUGCACAAACCUGCCUUUGAGCAUCCGAAGGAUCUGAAAUCCAGCAGUGGACGUCUGCGCAUUGGCUACGUCAGCUCUGACUUUGGCAACCACCCAACUUCUCACCUGAUGCAGUCCAUUCCUGGAAUGCACAAUCCUGAGAAAUUUGAGGUGUUCUGCUAUGCGCUCAGCCCUGAUGAUAGUACCAACUUCCGUGUGAAAGUUGUUGCAGAGGCUCAUCAUUUCACAGACCUCUCGCAGAUUCCUUGCAAUGGCAAGGCAGCUGAUCGUAUUCACCAGGAUGGAAUCCACAUCCUGGUCAACAUGAACGGAUACACCAAGGGAGCCCGAAAUGAGCUGUUUGCCCUUCGCCCUGCCCCCAUUCAGACUAUGUGGCUGGGUUACCCUGGAACCAGUGGGGCUCCUUUCAUGGACUACAUCAUCUCUGACAAGGAGACGUCACCUUUGGAAGUAGCCGAGCAGUAUUCUGAGAAACUGGCCUACAUGCCCCAUACUUUCUUCAUCGGUGACCACGCCAACAUGUUCCCUCACCUCAAGAAAAAGGCUGUGAUUGAUUUCAAAUCUAAUGGACACAUCUUUGACAACCGCAUCGUUCUUAAUGGUAUUGAUCUGAAGGCCUUCUUGGACAGUCUGCCAGAUGUUAAAGUGAUAAUGAUGAAGUGUGACAACAACCAGGAAUCUGCUGGGGACACAAAUGGAGCUCUGUCUAUGCCUGUAAUCCCCAUGAACACAGCAGCUGAAGCAAUCAUCAACAUGAUCAACCAAGGCCAAAUCCAGGUCACAAUCAAUGGCUUCACUGUAAGCAAUGGCCUGGCCACCACACAGAUCAACAACAAAGCUGCCACUGGUGAAGAGGUGCCACGCACAAUCGUCGUGACAACCCGCUCCCAGUAUGGUCUCCCAGAGGACUCAAUCGUCUACUGCAACUUCAACCAGCUCUACAAGAUUGAUCCCCCUACUCUUCAGAUGUGGGCCAAUAUCCUGAAGCGUGUGCCCAACAGUGUGCUGUGGCUUCUUCGCUUCCCAGCUGUCGGCGAGCCCAACAUCCAGCAGUACGCUCAGAACAUGGGUCUGCCUGGCUCCCGCAUCAUCUUCUCUCCGGUGGCCCCCAAGGAGGAGCAUGUGAGAAGGGGCCAGCUGGCCGAUGUGUGCCUGGACACUCCUCUGUGCAACGGUCACACCACAGGCAUGGAUGUUCUCUGGGCUGGAACACCCAUGGUCACCAUGCCAGGUGAAACCCUCGCUUCCCGUGUGGCUGCCUCACAACUCAGCUGUCUGGGCUGCCCUGAGCUAAUAGCCCACAGUCGUCAGGAGUAUGAGGACAUAGCAGUCAAACUGGGCUCUGACAUGGAAUACCUGAAGAUGGUCAGAGCACGCGUCUGGAAGCAGCGGAUCUGCAGCCCCCUUUUCAACACCAAGCAGUACACAAUGGACCUGGAGAGGCUUUACCUGCAGAUGUGGGAUCACCAUAGCAAUGGCAACAAGCCUGAACACCUGGUCAAAAUCCAUUCAGUAGAGACCAGUGAGAAUGCCUGAACUGGAAAUUGCUGAUUUCUUUUCCCUUUGUACCCCAACCAUUUCCUCACUGUCUUUUUUUUUGUUUGUUUGUUUUUUAACCAUUAUCAGCACCCUUGCUUGGAAUGGCCAGUGUCCACUCCAGCCCUCUUCCUCAGUGAUUGUCUCCAUCGCUGUCAUUUACUAUUAAUUGGACUCUUAUUUGUGAAGGAGCCAACAGAUGUACACAUUUUUUCACCCCCAUCACAUCCGUUGUUGCGUCACACAUCUGCAUUUCCUGAGCCAGAUGCAGCCUGAGACUUUCAGGCACCCUAUCUGAGACUCUUGUGCUAAAACACAGUAUAUUUGGUGAGCAUGAGAGGAUUGUGAAUGCCCUGCUUCCCUUCAGUACCUUGAUCAGUGGAUUUUAUUUUUCUCCUGUCAGUGUGCAUACAGGACUAACUGCAGCUUGUGGAGAGAAUGCCCAGCCGCCAUUACUUGUCGAUCUAUUUAUAAAUGGAUUAAGAGUGUCGUGUGUUUUAAGAGGACAUUGUUGAACCCUGACAAUUGUAACUUUUUUUUUAUGUGUUUAUUAAACAAACUUCAAAGCAUGCUACAGACAGUACAGAUACUAACUGCAAAUAAGAAGUCUGACAGUUUUCUGACAUGUUAAAUUGCUUUCAACCCAUAAACAAACAGAAACAGACAGCACAAAACGCACCCAUCACCCUCCAUUCGUCCGCCUGUCCAUUGUGUCACACAUCUAAGGGGGUACAAAAUACACUUCCUCGAGUGACAGAUGAGAAAAGGAAAAAGAAACAAUGAUAGAGCGGUAUUGAUUGGAUUAAAUGUCUAUUGAAGUUAAGAGUUAAUGUAGGAGUGAAAGGAGUUUCAAGCUCUGAAAUCUGUUACAUUAUUUUUUUCUAAGUGGAGAAAAGAGAAAAAUCUUUAAACAAGAAUCGUCCUUGCAAAGAAACUAUUUCUUCAGCCUGCCCUUAGUACAGUCUAUACCACUUGAGCACAUGUACAAGUGGAGUUGAUUUUUUUUUUUUUUUUUAUGCCAAGCUUGAGCCCCAGCUCCUUUUCCCAUGUAUCAUUUAGUCAGAAAAGAGAAGAUGUUAAAACUGAUCAAAUAUUAUUUUAUCCUGGGGGAGACAUUAUUUUCUUGAAGUUUUCCAAGCAGUUAAGGAAAAGAUGUGAAGUGAAUUUUUGCAAAGUCACACAACUGAAAGCAUCUGAAUAGACCAAAGCUCGGUACACCGAAUUUAGCAACAGUUUUCAAAACGUCCAAAUGUCUCAUCAAAGCAAAAGUCACAAUUUUAUAAAAGCUGUAUCUAGAGUAGAGAUAAAAAAUAGGAGGCAGGUCUCAAGUCGUCAUGCCGAGCAUUGUACCUGACUCCAGUUCCCUCAGCUUUAACAUACAAUUGUAAAACCUAGAUUGCAGCUGCUCUUUACUUUGUCUUAAGCUGUCACAAAAUUACUGCAAUGAGUAGAUGUGCAAGUUUUAAAGAAUAAGGUUUAAAGUGGAGACUUCUUCCCCUUGCUAAAUGCCAACUUUUACUAAUUUUUGUUGUCAACCAAGGAAUAUGUUGUGGCUGUUUUCCUGUUCGAUGUCACACUUUGCUUGUAAAGUUGAUUGGACAAAGCUGGACAAAGGAACUUGGGAUUCAUUAGGUGUCAGAACUGUUGACAAAUUGUUCUUGUUUUUUAAUCACUCAAACCAGGAACGGCAUAGGUAAGUAUUUUCUAAGCAGUUUUUGUUUUUGUAUUGUCCGUCAACUGUAUGCUGUCAUUGAUGCCACAGGCUAUGAGUAUAAUAAAAAAUAAAAAGAUGGCAAAACUG